AUGUGUGACGCAUCGGGGGAGAGACGCCUUCACCAAGCAGACCUUCACACACGAACCAGAGGAAAUAUAAAAGUUUCUUUCCACUGCAUGUCAGUAACUUAGAAGGAACAUACAGUUGUUUCUGGAAAGUCGUGACAUUUCUUCAUUAUGAGCUCUUGUAAAAUUGUUUUUUUUUAGGAAUCUUGACAAGUCUUUCCAGGAAUAAAGACUCCAAAUAUUAAAAAUUGUCCCAGAGACCUAGUGAUGCAGCGUUUAACCACUUUGAAUUUGUGCACCAUUGUGAUUUUUCUCCAGCAGCAUUUGUCUAAAGUAGCUUUAUAAAUCUCAGUUAUCAGUGGGAGGAACAGGUGGAUGUGGGACGUUAGUUGGAUUGUUCUGCCGGUUUACUCAAAUCCAACGUGAUGCAGGCUUUAGGACCGCGGGAUGAGUCGAACAAGAGGCAAAGUCUGCGCACCUCCACCAUUUAGAAGUUGACUUUAGGUCUUGAACCUGCGCUGUCCGUCACUCGUGUCCCAGGUCUGCUGCUUCAUGGAUGCAGCUCCAAUCCUCACCAGACUGAUGUGCAGUAUGUUUACUUUUCUGUUUCUGGGAUAAUCCUUGUUAGUUUUCAUCACUUUGGUGAAAUGCAAUCGACUUUAAAGUUGAGGCAAAACUCAAAAAUGUGCAGUUCAAGACAGCUGAGCUGAUUCUGGGUGCCCCCUUCAUCUCCUCUGCGCUCCUCAGCAUGAGGCUGUGGAGCAGAGCGACAGCUGUCCGGAGGAGGAUGCUCUGCCUCUGGUUGCUGCUCCUCGGGUUCACCCUGGUUACUCUUGCGCUCUCGGAUCUUUUCAGCCGGGAUCGCGACCACAGUCGUGACAAGCCUGGUCCUCCCCGCCGCCCCCUUCUCCAGCGGAUCCCCAGUCCGCCGGACCUGGAGCUCAUCGUGGAGUCCCGAGACCCCGCUUUAGAGCUCGGAGUCGACGUGGCUCCGCUGAAAUCAUUGCAAGAAGACGAGCUUUUAUUCGUGCCAUCCAUACAGGGCACCAAGAGCGCGCCGCAGAAGAAGGGAAGCUACAAGGUGCUCAUGCCCGGAACUAAUAAAGGUCCGACUGUCCCGGGGACCAUGGCGCACGGUGAGAUGGGUAAAGCAGUGCGACUCCACCUGGACGGUUUGGAGAAGGAUAUGGAGCAGGCUGCGGUGCAAAAGUACGGCUUCAACGAGGUGGUCAGCGAGAGGAUUUCACUGCGUCGCAGACUGCCAGAGACGCGUCAUCCUGAGUGUUUUGGGGAGAAAUACAGCGAGUCUCUCCCUUCAGCCAGUGUUGUGAUCUGUUUUCAUGACGAAGCCUGGUCCACACUCCUGCGCACAGUUCACAGUGUGCUGGAUACUGCACCCAAACGGUAUCUGCAGGAGGUUCUGCUGGUGGACGACCUGAGCCAGCACGGUCACCUGAAGACUGUUCUGAGUGAGUAUGUGUCUCAUCUGGAUGGGGUGCGUUUGAUUCGUAGCACUAAGCGCCUAGGUGCUGGUGGUUGCCGUACACUGGGUGCUGCAAGGGCAGUAGGGGAGGUGCUGGUGUUCAUGGACUCCCACUGUGAAUGCCAGAAGGGUUGGCUGGAGCCACUGCUGGAGAGAGUUGCUCAGGACAGGACUACAGUGGUGUCACCCAUCAUGGAUGUAAUAGACUGGCAGACCUUUAGGUACAAUGCCACCCAGUGGCCAAUAAGAGGAGUGUUCGACUGGAGACUUGACUUCUAUUGGGAAUCAAACCCUGAACCGGAAGAUAAGGACCCAGAGAUGGCUGUUCGACCUGUGAGGAGCCCUGCUUUAGGAGGCGAAGUUGUGGCCAUCGACAGACAUUUCUUCCAAAGCGUGGGAGCCUAUGACCCUGGGAUGCUGCUGUGGGGGGCGGAACAUAUUGAGCUGUCAAUUAGGGUGUGGUCAUGUGGGGGCUCCAUGGAGGUGGUUCCUUGCUCACGUGUGGCCCACCUCAAUCGCCACCACCUGCCAUAUCACUUCCCAGACCAGGACCUGCUGCAGAGGAACAAGAUCCGCAUCGCUGCCAUCUGGAUGGAUGCAUACAAGAAGAUCUUCUAUAGGAGAGAGACGCUUGCUCAUUUUAUCAGGCAGUCUGAGAGCCCAAACAUCACAGAGCGCCUGCGGCUGAAGAGGAGUCUGGGUUGUAGGAACUUCCACUGGUUUCUGACUACAGUUUACCCACAACUCUACAUCCCUCAGGACAGACCUGCUCUGUCGGGAGAGCUGUACAGUGUCGGCACCGGUGGCUGUGCAGACUACCCCCGUGGGCAGGGACGGCAGGGUGGAGACAUGAGUAUAGUGCCAUGCAGCGGGACAGGCAGCCAGCACUGUGAUCUAAACUCAGAGGGUGAAGUGCGAUGGGGUCCCAUGGGGGCUUUGUGUUUGGAUGCCAAGGGAGACAGGGUGGUCCUCUCUCCCUGCCCCACCCACCGACCCACCGCCAGCAGACUCCAGUGGAAGUUCAUAAAGCUGAGCGGCCAGCUUGUGCACCAACAGUCCCAGUUAUGUCUGGAAGCUGUGAAGGAAGGAGGGCUCCUGCAAAGCAGCCCAAGAGAAGCCAACAUUUACCCCAGCACAGGAGGUCUCUUCCUGCGCCAAUGCACACAUCACCCCAGACAACAGUGGCACUUUGAGCAAGUAGUGGCUCCUAAAGGUGCCUGAAACGUGAAGCACAAAGGGGACUAGUGCAUUUUCAAGAUGUGAAUUAUAGGCGUAUCAGACAGGCUUUUUCUAUAUGUACUAUCCAUAGUGGUAGAAAAAUAUCCUUAUUCUAAUUUGUCUCUCUACUCCGCCACUCAGCAUGUUUUGUUCCUGUUUUAAGGAUUGCAAAUAUCAUUAACUGUUUAUGAUAAUUAAGUAAUAAUAAAAGUAAUUAUCUAUUAGGAAUAUCAAUUUUAAUAUCUACUACUGUAUUCUAUUUAUGUAUAUAGUCAUCAUAUAAUAUAUAAAGAUACUGUAGGUUAAAUUAUCUUAAAUUAUCUUUUGUGUCAGAAAAUGCUUUCAUUAAUUCAAGUGUAACUUUGUUUUGUGUACAUUAUGAAAAAUACUUGAUUAUGCAGGUGAGAGAAGUCUCUGAAUUCAGCACUGGAUCAUGCCAGUUUUACCAAAGUGACCACUGUUCCAUAGGUCUAUGCUGUAGACUAAAUAAAUACAGUACCAAAAAGCUGAGCUUGUACUUUA